GCCAGGCAACGGGCACGCAGCGAGCUGUCUCUCGGUUAGCAUUAGCCGCGUAGGACAGAAAUAGGCACUUUUGAAUGGCGAACAUUUCAUAUUUGCACAAAUAAACUCAGACAAGCAAGAUGUCAGUUUCCGUUCAGCAGGCGCCGACAGCCGCUCUCUCCAGCUGCCAAACUCUGAGAAAUCCCUCCGGGCCGCGGAGCCAGGGCGACCCAAACACAACACUGCUGACCCGGAGUCCGCCGCCUGAGGGAGAAGAGCUCACCGCCACGGAGGAGGAGGAAGGCCAGCAGACAGAAAUGGAGAAGGAUGGCAAACUGACCGAAGAGGAAGUGGCUAAUCAUCUCUCCAGUCUGGGACGCUCAGCCACAGGGCUCCAUCACGUCUACCAGUUUCUGUCUUUGCCCAGGCAAAACCUGAAAAAUGUGUCCGUAUUGUGCAAUUACGUCCAUCUUCAAAAGCUUGAACUCCCCUACAACAAAAUAAAAGAUUUAUCCUGCGUGAGCCACAUGCCAUACCUCAUCAUACUUGAUGCUUCCCACAAUGAACUCUCUGAGUUUUUUGGAUUCCAUCCCCCAAAAAACCUCAAGGAAGUGAAUUUCUCUCAUAACCAGAUUUCAGCGAUGAAGGACCUGUCUGCCUACGCUUCUCUUAGCAAGCUGAUUCUAGACUAUAACUCCUUUAGUGAAGUCAGGGGGCUGGAGAAGUGUAGCAGCUUGACCCACCUCAGCAUAGCCCACAACAAGAUCUCACGUAUCAGCGGCCUGAACAAUCUACCUCUCAAACAUCUCUGUCUGAGGGGGAACCUGAUAAAGAAGAUUGAGAAUUUGCAUACCCUCCGGACCCUGCAGGUUCUGGACUUGUCCUCUAACAGAAUCCAAAAUCUCUCUGGUCUUCAGAACCUCCAUUUUCUUGGAAGCAUCAAUCUUGAGAGUAAUCUGAUUAGGGAGAUCAAGGAGGCCACUUAUGUGCAUGAUCUUCCGCUGCUGAGAGAGCUAAAUCUCAAGAGAAACCCAGUGCAGGAACAGCCUGACUACAGACUAGCAGUGAUCUUCCUUCUUCAUCGCCUUACUGAUUUGGAUGAACAGGCUGUGACUGCUGAGGAAAAGGUUUCUGCUGUAAACAAAUUCGAUCCACCCCUUGAAGUGGUGGCGGCCCGAGAUCACAUGACUCACGUGGUGUACCAGCACAUGCAGCCACAGGUCAUCUUUGACAGCACCCUGCCCAGUCUGGAUGCUCCAUACCCCAUGCUCAUCCUCACAGGGCCACAGGCAUGUGGAAAGAGGGAGCUGGCCCAUAAGCUGUGCCAGGAAUUCAGUGAUUAUUUUGCUUAUGGUGCUUGCCACACCACCAGAGGGCCUUAUUUUGGGGAGGAAGAUGGCUCUGACUACCACUUUGUGCUGGAUGAGGAAUUUCAGAACAUGAUUCGAAUGGGUAGCUUUGUCCAGACGAUGCAGUAUGGAGGCCACUGGUAUGGUCUGUCUCGGAAGGCCAUAGAAGGUGCAGCUCGAGAGGGCCUUGCUUGCUGUGUUCAUAUGGAACUGGAGGGCGUAUUUAGUCUGAAAAACUCAUAUUUUGAGCCCAGAUACGUCCUGCUGAUCCCUACCAGCACUGAAGAGUAUAUUUCACGCAUGAAGGCCAGAGGCCUCUACAGUAACAGCCAGAUAAACACAGCAGUGUCACGAAUCGACCUCUAUGUCAGAAUCAACAAAGAGCGGCCUGGCUUCUUCGACAGUGUGAUUCCCAGUGACAACCGUGAGGAGGCUUACAGAGCUCUGAGGCAGCUGGUGAAAGAGUACCUGGGCCUGGAGGAGCAGGGGGCAGGAGGAGGAGAGCAUACCAGAGCUACAUCUGACAAUACCCACCCAGAUGUGACUGGAGAGCCUCCGGCUGCCGAGAAGGUGGAGGUCAGCAGCACAGACUCCUACAGCAGAAAUUACUGGAACAAAGUCCAGGCCGGGCUGACUCCGCAGAAAACCUCAGCAGAACUGGCCUCUAUCCACAGGAAACAGCAGAUGGUUCGAGAAGCCCUGAUGGGCAAGAGUCCUGGGGCGUAUACACAGCUUUUUAAAAGAUCUGUCCACACAGCUCCAUCGUUACUGGCCCCUCAUUCCCAGCCCGGCCCCUCUUCCUCCUUGAUCCCCAACGUUGGCCGUCCUUUACCUGACCGCCCUGAGGACAGCAGCUCAGAGGAAUCUCGUGCCAGUUCUGGCCUGUCCAUGCAUAGCUCAGCGGGGGCACUGUCUGUGGGGAGCCCAGCUGAGGGCUUGGAUGCAGGAGCAGGGCCAAAGGUGGAUCCCUUGGAUAUCUCCACAGUGGGGCAAAACCUAGAAUUGACCAAAGAUCACACGGAUUCAGGUCUGACCCCGGAUGCCCCUCGCUCAGCCCCAGAACGAGUCUCUCCAACACUGACCACCUCCCCGGGUCGCCCAGGUUCCAACGCCAAGCCUGUUCUGCCACCCAUCCCAUCUGGACGCAAAGCCGCAGAGUUUGGUCCCAAGCCAUGAUUGACAGGGCAGUGAGGUGGAUAAGAGAUAGCCAAGAUAGAGGUGGGACCAAAAAUAGAAUAAAAGUGGUUUUUGAAGAGUAGGUUAUUCAUAAGCACCAUUCCAAUGUUCUAAUAAACUCAUAAUGUGCUCUACAGACCUGCAGCACAAUGAUCAUUUUGUUGUAACUUCAAAAUUGGGUCUACCUCUUGUGUUUUGUGCAGCUACGUAGGCAGAUGAUAACGAUGACAGCGCGGUAACUGAUGAUGAUACGCCCGAUGAACUGAUGAAGCGCAAAUGACUUUAAAUGUGUGAUCUGAAACCUAAAUGCGCAGUAAGAAUGAAUGAUCAUGAUGUAAGAAUGAUUGCCACAGCGAAAAGCAAUGGAAGUCAUAAUUAAUGAUAAAUACUAUCUCCCAUUUACGCUCCACUCAGCUUUACAGCUCAUAGUCUGAUCAUAUGUCAGUGAAGUGACUAAUGACAUAAAAUGGUUCACAUUCUCUGUAAGUAGUGGCAAAGGCGUACUUCUUCAUGUGAAUGAAU